AGCCACAUUGAAAUUAGAGCCAUACUCUUCAAAUGAGAAAAUGUAUGAAGAUUUUUUGAAAUGACUAGAAAAAAUGACUUGCCCAUCUCUGAUACACUGAUAUUUGCAUAUGCGUAAAUUUGAGUUAUGAUGAUUCAUUAGACUUUGAACUUUAUUCUAAUCUCUAUAAAAAUAUUUUCUAUCGUAAAAUUUUUUUUGAAAUUGAUAAUUAUAGACCUAGUGUUGAAAGCUUCAAAAUAAAUAAAUGACAAAUUUUAUAUUUUUUAUUUUAUCGUUCGAUGUAUGAAAAACUCUAUUUAUCACUCAAACUUCGUUAGAUGCAUCCGAAGAAAGUAUGGCGAAUGUGCUUUAAGAAGACUCAGGCAUUUUGAGAAGUGGGUGUGAGUAUUUGUAUUGCUUAUUCCUACACAUCCCGACCCUCAAUUAUUUGGUUUAAAUAUCUAAGAAUUUCAAUCAUAAUCAAGCAAUAAUCAACAAUCAAUGAAUAGAAGUAAAAAUAUUGAUACAAAUCAACAACAUCUUUCAAUCAGUAUUCAACAAAUAAUGAAUGAUUUUAAUUUCAAUGUAAAUCUUUUUUUAGGUAACACGAAUGAUGCUCCCCGGACACUUGCUCCCGCGACAAUUGCUCCCCGGACAAUUGCUCUCCAACGACAAUUGCUCCCGCGACAUUUGCUCUCGUGACAUUUGCUCCCCAAUGACAGUUGCUCCCCAAGGACAAUUGCUCCCCGGACGUUUGCUCUCCUAUGGCAAUUGCUCCCUGAAUACUUGCUCCCUGAUGACAUUUGCUCUCCUAUGACAUUUGCUCCCCGAACACAUGCUUUCCAAUCACAUUUGCUACCCGGACACAUGCUUUCCAAUCACAUUUGCUCCCCCACUUCACUUGGCCUUAAGCUACGGCUUUUUUGUUGACAAAUUCAACAUAAUGGGCGUGGAUGUGGGUGUGGCUAGGGUGUGGGAUGUGGAUAUGGGUAUGAGGUGGGUGUGAGCGUAGGUUAGAGCCCUUCGGGUCCAAGAUUUUUGGACCCGGACUCGGACCCAUUUACCAUUUGCUACACCUGUACCCGGAACCGGACGCGCUUGUUUAAAAAAUGUUGAACCCGGACCCAACCCGGAGGGUGUGGGUAUGGAUGUGAAUAAAGGAAAGAUCUAUAUUUACACCUACCCACACCCUUUUCCUAUUUUAUUUGUUCUAUGUUCUUCAUAUAUUCAUAGAUCAAUACUACCACCUUUCGAAAUUCUGAUAAAACUGCAGUAAAAUUAGCUAUAUAUUUAAAAUUAAUUGGUGAAUUUUCAGGAAUCUUAAAUUCUGCACGAAUUUCUAAUCAUCUCAUUCUUUUCAUAAUUUUACCAAUUUUUAAGUCUUUAAAAAUUAUAUUGAAUUUGUCAACAAAAAAAUCGUAGCUUAAGGCCAAGUGAAAUUGGGGAGCAAAUGUGAUUGGAAAGCAUGUGUUCGGGGAGCAAAUGUCAUAGGAGAGCAAGUGUCCGGGGAGCAAUUGUCCUUGGGGAGCAACUUUCCUUGGGGAGCAAAUGUCAUGAGAGCAAAUGUCGCGGGAGCAAUUGUCGCUGGAGAGCAAUUGUCCGGGGAGCAAUUGUCGCGGGAGCAAGUGUCCGGGGCGAAUCAUUCAUGGAUUCCUUUUUUUAGUGUGUUGAUAUGGUACGUUAUAUUUUUUUACAACAUAAUGAUCAUAAUGUUGUAUCAAGUUCAUUGGAAACACAUGAAAUUAUACUUAAAUAUUCAAAUUUAUUUGAUUUUGAUCAACUAUUAAUUUCAAUUCAAAUUGGAUCUAUAGAAAAAAACUUGUGUUAGUCAAGCAUUACAAACAGGUAAAUAUUGAGAAAGAAACGAGUUUUUUUAUUUGGGUUUUUUUUUUCUAAAACAAUAGCUUAUUCAACAUGUCAACGUUGAUUUAUUGAAAUGAAUGAUAAAUUCGAUUCAACAUCAAUGAUUAAUAAUGAAAAACGAACGAUAAGCUGCUAAACUUGUUAGUCAAUUAUAUUUUUUUUCAAUUAGAUAUAUACUCAAUAUGGAUGAUACGAUAAAAAGUGAUGAUGAAUCAUGUAUUAGUGUUAAAUAUGCUAUACCAAUAUGUCUAUCGUAUUUAUCAACAAUUUGGUCGAUUUGAUUACCUUAUUGAAAGUAUGUUUAAUUCUUGUUUGACUUUUUUUUGUAAACUUUCAGUUCAGUGAAAUAGAUUUUUUUUAUAAUCCAAAAUUAUUUCUAAUGUCGUAACAGUAGGAGGGCCUAGAUGAAGGAGAUUGUGGCAGAGUUUAGUUGACGUGGCUUCAAUUGGUUAAAGUCUCAAAGUGUUAGUGAAAGUUAUCUGAUAGAUAUGACAAUUUCACUAUUAAAUUGUUGAAACAUAUAUAUAUAUAUUGGAAUCUGAAAAUUCAAGAACGGAGAUUUCUGAAUAUUGAUUCAGCAGCUCUAGUCCUAUUCGUAUUUUUAAUUUUUUUGAAACCAACAAAAGACUAGAACAUUAUCAGACUCGAGAAGAUACCAAGUAGAACACUUUAUCGAAGCUCAAAGCCUGCAUUGAUACAUCAGAGAUUGAAAUUAUACAAUCAUAUAACUACCUCAAAAAAAGUUCUAAGCCGAAGUUCGAGAUAUGAAAUCAAUUGUAUCCUCUAAGGAAUUUUUCAUUAGUCUUUGAAGAUGUCUGAUUAAAUAUAGUUUUGUAAUUGAUAUGAAAUUUCCUAAUGAGAAAAAUGAAAUUCUCAUCUCUAUAUGACUUGAAAUACAUUACAAUUCAUGGAACAUCAAGGUAUCUUUUUUUUUCUUUUCUUUAAGAUAUUACAUAUCUUUUACCUUUAUGUGAACAUGGUGAUCUACAUUUACGUGGUGCACCUGCAAAUUUACUUGUUACAUUAAUUCAAAUAACAAUUCAUCUUUUAACACUCAUCAUUAUCAAAUUCAUUUAAUAAUUCUUUUAUUAAUUAAUGUUCACUUAUAUCAACUGAUUCACAAGACAGUUCAAGAUUAUAUGUCUUAAUGAUAAUAAUACACGUGUUAUACAUGUUUCACUAAAUGCUUUACGAACAUUAUUACCUUUUUUAUUAAUUAAUAGUCAUGCAUUUACAAUCAUAGAAAUUAAAUUAUUAAAAGAUUCUAUUCAACAUACCACAAGUUCCUGUACUCUUGCUAAAUUUGCUCUAGCUCAACUUAUAGAUAAUAUUGAUUUUCGAAUAUUAACUUAUCUUGAACAACAACAACAAUUAAAACAGCACUACCCUGAUAUACGUGUUCGUCAAGCAAUUGCUUCGACUUUUGCUAAGUUUGUUGAUCACAAUUCAUUUUUACUAUGUCAAUGGAUAUAUAAAAUUCAUCAUUCAUUACAAGCUCAAGCAUCAACUCGAAUACAAAUUGUUUGUCAUAAUGAAAAAGAUUCAUCAACAACAUCAAAUACAGACGAAGAUAAAAAAGUUAAUCGUACACGAUUAGGUACUUUGGGAAAUAAUCCAUCGAUGAUGAAAUUAUUCGAAUUAAUACGUUCAUCAUAUCAAAUACAUAAAAUUUUAAGUCUUAUUUCUACACAAGAUUUAUCAAAAAAAUUUGGAAGAGAAACACUUAAUUAUUUUAAAUCAACAUUCAAUGUACACAAGAGUCUUAAAAAAUAUAUUAAUACAAAUGAAAGUGAUUUUCAAGCUGCUGUACUCGAUCAUUUUAUUUAUUGUAUUGCUGAAUUUCUUGUUAUGUUGUCAUAUGAUACACUUCAUUCAAAACAAGUUAUUAAAAUACAAGAUUUAAUAAAACAUUAUGAUUCAUUAUUAGCAAGUAGACACGAACCUGAAACACAUGCUUUGGCAGCAUUAGAACCAGUUUUAUAUGAUUUUUUUUCUUUUAAUGGAACACGAGAUGAAACUUUUAGUGCAACUCUUCUUCGAAUUUUAACUAAUACUCGACAAUUACGUGGUCGAAUCAAUAUGACAUUAAUUUCUCUUGCAUCUGAUUAUCUUUAUGCACUUGCAAGUCAUUUAUUUUUUCGUGAAGGAAUACAUUUAGAUGAAAGUGGCCUUCUAUUAGUUUUAUUAGUUGAACAAUUCCUUCCAUUACCAUAUACAUCUGUAUUACGUUUAGCUGAAUUAAUUGUUUAUGAUUGUAUUGAAAUGAUGUUAACACUUGACCAACAAACAUUAAAUAAAUAA